AGGCAUUUAUUCUUGGUGAUACCGUUUAUUUCUUUCAACACUAAAGCAUUUUCCCUGAGGCUGUUCUUUGUGGUGUCCAGGCUCGGAAGUGAAUUUUGUUAGUUUUGCUUGCAGUUGGCUACUGUUCCUGGUUCAGUUAUUCUUUUAUCCAUGUGUAUAUGUGUGUCUAGACAUAGAUGCUAUAUCUCAUGUUGGUCUGUAUGUCUGUAUAGCUCUGUAUCUUCAUUGCUGCCUGCGUAUGAGGACACUUGCCCCAAGCUGAGAUGUCCACUUGGCUUGGACAUCUCCAAGGGUGAUGGGCGUUUUUAGAGACCCUGGCCCCACCGUUCCCGCAUCCCUCCCUGUGACCCAUGCUCUUUCUCUCCUUCAGGGGUUUUGUUGGCUUCCCAAAUGUAGAGCAGACCACAAUCAAGGUGCUUAGUGAUAUUUAACGUUAAGAGAGCAUGCCUCUAUUCACUCUUCUUCUUUCUUCCCAGUCUGUGUUGCCCACCCAAGUCCUGGCUUCCCUUCAAAGCCCGGCCCAGGCUCUCCUUCCUCUGCAAAGGGGCCACUCCCACACUGCCUCCAACCACAGCAACUCCUUCCUCUUUCUUCUACAGUAUUUGUAGUUUGCACUCCUCUGGAAAUGAAUUACGUGCACCGUGGCAGCUUCUGUAUUACUGCAUCCAUUGGCUUCUUGCCCCUUUAUGGAAUGAUUUAACCCUUGGCUGCACUUGUCCAAGCUCCUAAGCUAGACUGUCGCUUGCUGCAGGCAGGUCCAGGCGGAGAUUUCCUUGGACGCCCAUGCGCCAGCCUGGGCCUGGCCCACAGAGGCUUCCACAAGGGACUCACUGAGGGACCUGAGAACAUACACCCCUUAUCUUCAUUGCAGAGAGGGCAGUGGAUUCUGUGGUUACCUGUGUCUCUUGGGCUUUGCUUAGGAAGGAUGCAUUAAUCGGGGCCUUGGGUGAUUUGUGAAAGGCAACCGGUAAAGCCAAAGGACGUCAUUGCUGCAAUGUAGCCCAAUUGAUAUGGGCUGUUUCACUGUGCAGUUCCUCACAUCCAGCAAUAUUGGCAUGUGUGGACACCUGUUUUAUAGAGCUGGUGGGGCUCUAGUGCAGAAGCAUCUCUGAUUAAGUUAUUAGAACCAAGAUUGUCCUGUGAGGCUUCUGUGGACUUCUUAUUGAUCUCUUCAGGUUCUUCCAGCUACCUUCAGAUUGGAUUAGAAGCUCGGCCCUAUAAGGAGGAUAUUGCAUCUCAGGCUCAGACAGUGAAUAAUCAUUACAACAAGAUUUAUUGUGUUCAAGGCAGUGUGCCAGGCAUGGGGCCCAGUGUUGGCUAUGACGUCGUCUCAGACUUUGAGGAGCUUAGAGUCAGGUUGGGAGGGCAGGUCAUGAAAAGCUAAGAGAACAUUUCAGCACAGGGACUCCUGUUCUGACUUUGAAGGUAUCCCUGGCCCAGUGGUCCUCCCCUGGCAGCCACGGGCUGACCUGCAGAGCAUCAUCUCCAGCUCUGCCUUGCACAUGGUCACCUCAGUGUGAAGGGUCCAGCCUUUUUGAGGCCUGUUGGUCAUGGAGCUGUGGGCCGUGCUCCUUGUACAAAUGGGUGAUGUCCUCCUGGAGGACACAAGUCUGGUGGGCAGAGUUCUGGCCAGGACGGUUGUGGCAGCUCUGCCUGUGAUGGCAAAAAUCAGAGCCAGCCUACACAUUCAUCAGAACAGCAGUGGUCACUUAUGGUACUUUGUAUGAAGAAAUACUCUGAGCAGUUCAAAAAGAAGAGGAAAGUUUAUAUGUGUUCCCAGGGUAAAGUUAGCUGUUAAUCAAAAUAAACAAGUUGUAGAAUAAUAUCCAUAAUAUCCUAUUUGUGUAAAAUUAAAAGUCAGUUGUGUGUCUCUCUGUGUACAUGUAUAAGCAUGUAAAAGCACAGACAAGGGCUUGAAGGACCAUACUGGAUGGGAAAGAUGACGUUCUUGUUUUUUCUCUAAUUUUUUAUCACUUGAAAUAUUUUUUGUUUUGCAACCAGAGUAUCUUCACAUUACCUCUGAAUGAAGAGGGGUGGGGGAGCAGGCAGGUGGGUGGAGGACCACACUCUGGGUGUCUGUAGCAGUGGCAGGGAGAUUGCAUCUCGAAUAUUCAGGCUGGGACCUGUUGUGUUCCCCAGGGAUUCGUGGUGACCACAAACAUGCCCUGUAUUUGUUGCCCUCCAUCAAGAGGUAGGAGCCCUGGUGGCACACUGGUUAAGAGCUAUGGCUGUUAACCAAAAGGUCAGCAGUUUGAAUCUACCAGCAGCUCCUCGGAAACGCUGUAGGGCAGUUCUGCUCUGUCCUAUAGGGUCACUAUGAGUCAAAAUCGACUCGAUGGCAGUAGGUUUGGGCUUAACAGGUCAGUUAGGUACAAAGCAAGUAUAUCUACUUCAUUUAUAUCAUCUUUAUCUUCAAAGAUGACCAAAACCCACCUUUCAACUAUAUAGAUUUUAUUUUUCGUAUCAAUUAUGCUGUACUUCUGUUUGUUUGAUUGGUUCAUCUAAGGAGUCUGUGUGUCUUUUUAGGACUCACGCAUUCCCUAGUGAUGCAGCCUGAGGCAAAGGGCAGAUUUACUGUUUCGCUUGGCUGUUAUUUCCAGGGUGGAGUAUGUAAAUGCUCUUAGUGGCAUCUCAAAAACACCACACUAUCAGAUCGCUAAAGAGGUCGAGAGCUUUUGAAAACAAGUAACCAUCUGACCUGGAGUGGUUUUCCGAUGGGCAGUUGUUUCCAGAACCUCAGUGGUGGGUGCUCACCUCUCUAGGGAAAUCCUUUGAUGCUGCCCAAGUACCCACGGCACCUUCAUUAGCAAACGCUUGCAGCAGCUUUGAUGUGUUGAGGUAAAUUUUUUGAAGCCAACCCCAGACACUUAAAUAGAGAUGACUCAGAUAGAAAUGAUGAUGGCAGGUAUUGAAAGCUGUCUAGUAAUCGCUGUUUCUUGAAUUCGGUUGUAUCUAAGUCCCCUGCAUGUAGGCAGUCAAGUGCACAAAGUGUUCUUCCUCCAGCUGCUGACCCUACUGGUCACAGUCUCACUUUUAAACAGAAUCCCGGUUUAAGUAUGGCGAGAAGGGGCUUGAAAUCUUCUCGUACUUAAUUGAUUCGAGGGAGGAAACCACAUUUUUUAAAUCUUGAAUUAAGACAUAGACAUUAGCCUUCUUUUUGCCUGGCUUUCUAGAGGUACUCAGAGAGGAGAGGCGAGAAGGGGCUUGAAAUUUUCUCGUACUUAAUUGAUUCGAGGGAGGAAACUGUAUUUUUUAAAUCUUGAAUUAAGACAUAGACAUUAACCUUCUUUUUGCCUGGCUUUCUAGAGGUACUCAGAACUUCCAAAACCCCAGUGCUUCAGCUGUGUUAUAUUCUCCUUAGUGCUCAUGCUUACUGACAUGCUUCCUAGAUUUUUCCUCUAAGUCAAGUCCCAGUUUCUUGAGCUUUUCCUGAUCAGCCCCCUUUCAUCUCUCUUCUCCCCGCUCCUCUUCCUGAACAGUGGAUGGUGUACCUGGCUCUGUGUCCUUGGGGUUGAUGUUGGACGUGUGCUCUCCUCUGCUGCCAGAAUCUGCAGACUGAGGUCUUGUCCCUGCUCUCUAACCUGGAUGACAGGGCACACCUAUAAGCAGACUGGGGUUAAAUACCUGUGCAUCCCAGCAGCAGAUUCACCAUCUCAAAACCUGGCGAGGCAUUUCAAAGAAAGCAUCAAGUUUAUCCACGAGUGCCGGCUGAAGGGCGAGGGCUGUCUUGUGCACUGCCUGGCUGGCGUCUCCAGGAGUGUGACCCUUGUGACGGCAUACAUCAUGACCAUCACCGACUUUGGCUGGGAAGACGCCCUGUACACUGUGCGUGCAGGCCGAUCCUGUGCCAACCCCAACCUGGGCUUCCAGAGGCAGCUCCAGGAGUUCGAGGAGCAUGAAGUCCACCAGUAUCGGCAGUGGCUGAAGGAGGAAUAUGGAGAGAGCCCUUUGCAGGAUGCUGAAGAAGCCAAAACCAUUCUGGGUAAAUAUAAAGAGCAAGGGCACGUGGAGGCCCAGCCUGGCACGAGGCGGUGGAGCGGCUUCUCGACCCUGGCUCCUCUGUCCUGCAGUGACUAUACAACAGAGACCUAAUGGAGAGGGAUCUGGUAGUCCUCACUCUCUCGCCCUGCUUGUCUUCAGUGUGCCCUGCGUGUGCACAGUGGUGUGCUGGAUGCCUCUGCCACCUGGGAUGGGGGCAGGGAUCAGCAGGAAAGGGUGGUGUCAGCGGUGGAGCUCUCCAGACUCUCUUCACUGGCACCCCCUGCCCCACCAUGGCCUGCCCACACCUUCGCUGCUCUUCUGCCAUGCAGCACCCAGGUGUGCAUGCCCAGAGCUGUGAGUGUGUGUCUGUGUGUGCAUGCAUGUGUACCCCAUGUGUGUAAUGUGUGGGUGUGCACUACAUGUGUGUGUAAUGCGUGAAUGCAGGUGUUUGCGUUCACCGAGUGUGGGGGUGUAACGUACAACAGUGUGUCCGUGUGCACCAUGGGGUGGGUGCAUAACGUGCAGUGUGUGGAGGUAUGCACCUUGUGUGCGUGUGUAACCUAAAGAUCAAUACUGCCAUAAAAGUCACAAAAUGCAUGCUACUAGGACUUGUGCCACCAUCUUUCUCUUUGUCCUGCCCCCCCCCCCCCCCCCCCCCGCCCCAGAAGGGCCUGUGAGCUCCACAUCUGAAAAAGGCUGUGCAGAAAGCAGCAUCCGGGCCUGGGAGCAAGUCAAAUGGCUGGUCUCUAGGUGGGCUGAGGGCAAGGGCAAAUGGCUGAUUUCUGGGGCCUAGACUGAUAGGGGUGAGGGCGUUUCUAAACUGCCUUUCCCACAGUGUGGGUGCCAGUCCUGGCUCCCUACUGCCUUACCCAUGCAGCUGACUUCUGCUGGUCAUUUGCUAUCUGGGCAUUUGGCCCUGCACCCUGGCUGCAAGCCCACUGGAUCUGAAGUUGGUGUGCACCAGGGCCUUCACCCUUCAGCUCUCCAGGUGCAUGGCUCCCUCUUGUUGCUCCUACUCUGCGUCAGGCCAGCCUCACGGUCUGCAUGCACCCAUCAGGUCCAGUAGUCAUUUGUGUUUAAAAAUGCCUUGAGCAUUUAUUAAGCACCUUUGCAUAUGCUUUGGAUUUGGUGUUUGACCUCAGCUACCUCAUUAAAGUUUUUUGUAAAGGUGUUUUUUGUUACCCUGACUCUGUCUCAAACAUUCAGCCACUAUGGCUUUGAGGCUAGAAUGGAAAAGCUUCAAUUCCAUUGAACUCUGUGAUGUUUCUGGUUUGGAUUUGGGCUCCAAUAAGGAUGCUUCCAGCGGGGUGAGCUCCACCUUCAGGUUGGGCCAGAGGGCAGGAGAGCUGUCAGAGCAUGGGCAGCCCCUGGGUGCUGUGCAGGUCUGUGUCCCAUCCUUCAUGACAGCUCACAUUCUGGAAGUACACAGCUACAUGCCUAAAAAAAUACACCUGCCCUCUCCCUAAAGGGGUGUUGUAGCCCGGUCUCUGAUUUCACCACCAAGAAAGCACCAGAAUAAGAAGAGAGGCUGGGCAAGUAGAGGGCAUGUUGAGGUGAGCUUUUUGGGGAGGGGAAUGAAAGCGCCCCAUUGCACAUACCACAUCCCCAUGGCUGAACCAGAUUUACUUGCAAAGUUUAUGUUUUCCUCAAACCAAAAAGAAGUGUCAAUAUAUUAAUAGAAAAAGUAUUUAGAGUUCUAGCUCAAAUGUGUAAGUAUGUGUGUACGUUUACAAACAUCUCUGUAUUCCACUAGGUCUUAAAAUGUUUUGAUAUUUGUUGCCAGUGAUGUUCUUUCUCUGCAGCCACUCCUGGAAUUCUGAAAUAUUUGGACUUCCUCAGAAGAGUGUAAUGUACCUGAAGUUGCUGAAAUAUUGGAAAGCCACAGUGUAUAGGCCCAUGCUGCCAAAAAGAACCUAGAGUUUAAGUACCCAGCGUGAUUCGUAAACUUGCAUGUUUUCCAUUUCACAUUGAACGGUAUGCAGUCAUGAUGUCAAAUGUUGACAGCAAACUCUUAACAAGAGAAAACGUUUUUCAUUUUUACCUUAACACUGCUGCCUGGGCUCUCUCUAGCCUCUCUCUGAUGACUUAGGUGACCCUUAGUACCGGUGAUCACCUGUCUUGAGCAGACAGCCAUGGGGAGCGGGAGGCCGGGUCUAACUGCGUAGACUGCACAGGUGCUGUUCAGCUCUGGUGUGUGUGUUUCUUAUGGUUUGUGUCCCCCGUGGUGGAAGUUACCAAAAGCUACACUUUUAUGUUAAUAAAGGGCAGCUUAUCCAAACUUCACUUUAUGUGUACUGUGUUCUUCCUUCCUGUGGUGGGGGCGGGGUUCUGCCUGUGAGGACCAUGGUGACUAGAGCCCCCUGCCUACCGUGUGGGCCGGGCUGCUGUUCUGUGGAAGCUCUUGUGUUCUUCCGUGAAGCAAGCGGCUGGUACCAGGAAAACUGAAUUGAUUUCUCCACGGGAGAAAAAAGGAUCCUCAAUGUGAGCUGAAAGAAAUGAGGGUGUAGGUAUUGUUUUCUGCCUGUACAGGGUAGGACUGAGUGUUUGCACCCCGGAAUUGCUGUGCCUGGCACCCCAUGAGCAUUUACUGAGCACUGCUGGAUACAGUGGUUGUGAUUCCACACUGAGCUUUAGUUUGAUAGAGCAGAAACUGGCUUGAAGAGCAAUAUAGGUCAAUUUUCUAAAUAUUCCUGUAUAGAUCCAGUGAGGGAGGAAAGAAAUUUAACUUUUUACUCCAGGGAUAGGCUUGGCUUGAACUGAAAGCAGGUAUGCUCAAGCAUUAAUGUGUGAGCCUUUUGACUGUAGGUGGCAGGCUUGUGUCUUGAUCAGCUUGUAAUGCCUGGGGACAAGGAGAUGUACGAAGAGCACCUUCCAGGCUGCCAGCAGCCCCUGGUGGGUGUGGGUAACACACACACAACAACACACCCGCAGGCAUUAGAAAGUGCGCUCUGAUGCAGCCUGUAGGCCCCAGCGUGACACGGGUGGUCCCUGUGCAGCUCUCCUAGCAACUCUGAGGGUGUCUGGUGCCUUGUCUUAUGUAGAGAACUCAGGCAGUAGCAGCCAGUACCAAGCACAGAAUCAGAGGGAAAACUUGCUGUGUGUGGGAUAUGAGGCAGGAGCUCACCGAGCGUAGGUGGGUUUUGGCAUCAGCUCCAGUGUAAUAGGUCAUGCACCUCUCCCUGUCUCGUGCCCUCUCCUUCCCGCAUCCUUCUUGACUUGGGACAGUCCAACACCGACAGUCAUUUCACAGUUGUGAUGAGCCUUGCCGGCCAUAGGGCAUAGCCCCUAAGCCUCACAUAUCUGUAGAGAAGGUACUAUUUCAGUUUCUUCAUGCACAGAGAGGCCAGGGAAUAUACCCAAAACCAAACAGGUGCUGGACCUGAGCCUGAGUCUUUUUAUUCCCAAUCAAUGGGCAAGUUGGGAGGCAGGGAGGGCAACAGCCAGGGCUGGGGAAGGGGACUGGGGACUCAUCCAGGUGCCCCCACACUCUGGGCCUUGGAAAGGGAGAACUGGGACCCGUGCAAAGUGUCAGCACAACUCAGAACCAGAAACUUGCUUUGGCCGCUUUUUCCUAGUUUCUGUGGAGUUGUUGGGGCCACUGUGGGUGGCAGUCACCUCUGACAGUUCUCUGGGAGCUCACCAGGGUUUUCCUGUGGAGACGGUAAUGACUGUGGGUAGAUGUGAGGUACCUGCCGGAGGCCCCUUGCUGUUGGUCACCAGACUCAGCAGCUGUGGCCACACUGGAGGUAGGGCACAGUAUCCUGCCUGCCCUUCCCUCCUUCCACCUUACUCACUCCCCUCAUCAUGGUAGGUGCCAUGGGCUAAACCUGACUCCUCAGACAACAUUGCUAGUGCUCAGAAAGACUGGCUGGGUGAGUUCGGCGGCUAAGAAAACCUGAAAUCGCAGAGCAGGGUGCCAAGUGCUAUUACAGGUGCUCCUUGGUACAUCUGGUUUGGGAAAAGCGAUAGCUCAUUGAGACCUGAAGCAUAAGUGAUGAGUUAGCUGGGCAUGAUGCAUGGGGGGUGCAGGCACCUAGAGGGCAGGUGGCAGUGGCAGGUUGUGCAAGGUAAGGCUGCAACAGGAAAGGCCUGGGAAGGCGUAGUAACCGCAGCCAUUUCUCUAAUGCCUGCUAAGUACCUGACGUACAUUAGCUGAUUUAAUUCUUACACCAACCCUUUGAACUAACCAGGAAGGUUAACUUGCUCACGUUCCUGCAGGUCCAACUCCAGAAAAGACUUCGAUGCCUCUGCUCUGUGUCCUUUGAGCAGCGUGGGCACCCUUCUGCAGAUGUGGGAGACACUGGUGUUGACCAAGCGGGCUGGUAGCAGGACCAGGCACAGGUCAGACAGCUGCACGUGAAGAGCAGGGUCUCUUACUGGACUGGGUUAGAGAAGAUGGCCCUUAAUGGGGGCAUGGCUGUGGAGGUGAAGGAGGCUAAAGGGGCAGAGGAUUUGAGAGACUGAGAAGGGAGAGCAGGUGUUCUCAGUGACUGAUGAGUGCGGGUGAGCCCAGUGGUUUGCCCCUUUCUGGGGGUCAACUCCAGUGCAGAAUUAUUUUGUGUCCAUCUUUGCCCUGCACCUGGAGCCGUGGCAGGCUUCAGCAGUGGAGGCUGGAGCUGAGAGACUGCCAGGAUGGAGGGCCCCAGAGGGUGUGUUUCCAGGUGACACCAUAGCCUCCGUCUCUGGCAAACUCCAGCUUCACAGCCUAGGCCCUCAGCCUAUCAGUGCACCCAGAGCAGACUCCCAGCAGCCAGACUCACUGCGACUCAUGAGUUCACAUGGCCAGCAUAUUAGUUUAUUGUAAAGGACAGAAUAAGGGACAAAUCUUAUCCCUUGGCCAGGUUCUCUUUCUCUUCUGAUCAAGACUUUUGGGAGACUACAUUGGUCACUGGACAUUGUGUGGUGAGCCCUGACUGUCAGAGAGGGAGCAUGACAGACGGGGUUUAUCCUGGCCUGGUGCUACCUGCUGGAGCCAUGGCCCAAGCUCACACUUCCUCACACACCAUGUCUGCCUGCUGGGCCAGCCACCCCUCUGUGUACACACCUUCUGCCCAAGGUGGCUCUGACCUAAGACCUGUUCAGAGCACCUUGGUUAAACGUGGGCAUCCUUGAGUCCCUUCAGCAAUGCUGCAGUUCUUUCUGAGGCUGGGUCCUGAGAGUGACCUGUUUUGUUAUGGGGUGCCGGUUCUUUCUAGUUUCUGACUGACCAGGGUACCCCAUUUCCAAUUCCUGGGGUUAAGUGGUGAUAACUCCAAUGUACAGACAACAUAUAAAUUCUGGGGACUGGGAUGUGUGUGUGCACUCACGCGUACACAUAUGCACAUGUGUGUGGUUUACUGGUUUUAUUGUAAAGAUAUUCUAGCCUUCAGGGGAGUUGCAGUUGCUAGGAGUGUGUUGAGCUCAGUCACAGUUGAGUAGCAGGUACCUAUGGAGCCCACAGAAACAUCUCCAGAACAUCAGGGCUGCUCUGCACAGCAGCAUCUAGUCACAAAAUAAGGAACAUAGAAUCGGCACCCUGUGGUCCCACAUUAGGUAGCUCCUCCCAUCCUGACUCUGAGUUAUUAAUACUGUUAUUAAGAAUGUGCUUUCAACACGUAUGCAUUUAUGUAUACAUUUAACAAGAAGUCACCAGGACUGCAGAGGGUAGUUCCUCUUCCCUUUCCUUUUUAUUGCCCAGGGAAAGGGAGAAACUGAAGAAAAUUAAAAAAGGAAAACAACCCAAAUCUCCCUUGAUUUGUCAUGUCACUUGGAGGCUUGAAAACAUGCUUUCAUUCCCUGCGUAGGAUUCAGUAAGGUCUCCCGUGCCUCUACCUGGACAAAACCCAGCAGAGGGUGUGAACUAGCGUGUCACUAGCAGCGUGUCUUGCAAACCUUAGGGCACAGAAAGAGGGACGCUUUGCUUUCUUGUGUUCCAGUUCCCAUAAGAGUUUUUGAGACAAGUGACCACAAUAAUGGGUACACUUAUUUUAGCAACAGUUGUGCCAGUAUGAAAACUAAAGUUCUAUUUUGCAGCUCAGGCUUAACCAACUUAAAUAAGCAUGUGACUGAAGUUUGCAACUGCUGAGUCUGAGUCUCUUCCCAUCAGGGGAAAAAAUUGCCAGUAUGUGCUUGAACAUCUGUGAGUUUGGGGUUAUAUUUGCUCUAGAUGUUUAUGCAAACUGUUGGUCAUAAAGAGUUAGUAGUUCACAGUUGUAAAACACAAGCUUUCAUGAAGCUUCUAAGUUCAGUUACUAAGUCUGGUGUCUAAAGAGCCACUUUUGCAGGCACACCUGUUGGCACACCUAACUCACGGAGAUAUCUGAAAGUACUGACCAGCUCAGUAUUCUAACAGAAUGUGGUUUUGGCUCUUUAGAGCUAAGUUUAAUGGCAGAGACAUUUCAAAUGGGAUUGUUGCUGAACACAUCCUGUGUACAAAGUCCUGUUUUAAGAAACUCAGGUGGGAGUGGGAGGAAAAUCUAUUAGAUUCUUUUUGGGUUACUAUUUCCUCAGCACUUCAAGGAAUGAUGUUGCCUGGGACAAUGUUAAGAAAUAGUCUAGCUACACUGUUCGUCAUCUUCCCAGCCUGACCCGAAGGGCUGUGUUGGCUCACGGUGGUCCUCCUGCCCGAAAGAAGCACACGCAUUGUCCACCUGCGCCACACCUGUUUGUGGCCUCAUGUCCACCCCCCACAGUCCACCUGCACCACACCUGCCCAUGUC